AUGCCCAGGGCAAAGUCGCUUAUCACCAAAUGUUUUCCCCCCGCUUUUUGCCAGCUGCGCUUCAACCUUGUAACUUCCUCAACCAUGUCUGGACUUACUGAUGCCCAAGUCGCCUCCUUCAAGGAGAACGGGUACCUCGUUCUCCCCGACUACCUCAGUCAAACGGAGCUCUCCUCCCUCCUAACCGAAACAAACAAACUACUCGACGAAUUCCCUCUAGAAUCCCACCCCCUCACCCAGUUCACAACAGAGGAAGAUACAGCCGACCACGUAGGCGAUGACUACUUCCUGACCUCAGGCGACAAAGUGCGCUUCUUCUUCGAGCCAGAUGCGUUCAGCUCCGAACCCGAUCCUCUCACGGGCCGUGCUGCCCUCAUGAAACCCAAGAACCGCGCCGUGAAUAAGAUAGGACACUCGCUGCACACUCUAUCGCCACCAUUCAAGGCUGUCUCGCUGAACGAGCGCAACGCGGCUGUUGCGCGCUCUUUGGGCUUCGUCGACCCCAGAGUCUUACAGAGUAUGGUUAUCUGCAAGCAGCCCUCGAUUGGUGGGGCGGUGCCUUCGCAUCGUGAUUCCGAGUUCUUAUACACUGAUCCGCCGUCGGCGGUGGGCUGGUGGUAUGCGCUGCAGGAUGCGGGACCCAAGAAUGGUACGCUGGGUAUGUACAAGGGGUCGCAAACGGGGAGGAAGGGCGGUCAUAUCACCAGGCGGUUUGUCAGGAAGGAGGGGGGAGGUACGGAGUUUAUUGAGAAUCAGGGUCCUGCUUUACCGAAGGGAAUGGAAGAGGAGAAGAGCUCUGAGCCCUCGGAUGAGGAUCUGGAGAUCCUUGAUAUCAAGGCUGGGUCGCUGGUGCUCAUUCAUGGCAAUGUUUUGCACAAGAGUGAGAAGAAUACCAGUCCAAACAGUCGGUAUGCGUAUACCUUCCAUGUAAUUGAAGGCGCAGAGGGGUGGGAAUAUGAUGCGCGGAACUGGCUACAGCCUCCCGCCGAGGGAUUUUCCAAAUUGACGUGA